AUGGUACAGUCCCCAGAGGAGACAAAUCAGACCAUUGUCACAGAAUUUGUGCUAUUAGGAUUUCAAGCCAGUAAAAAUGUAAGGACAUUUAUAUUCUCUCUACUUUUUGUGGUUUACUGUGGAACAAUAUGUGGGAACCUCCUGAUCAUCACCCUGGUGUCCACCAGCAAGAACCUUCACACUCCAAUGUACUUCUUCAUAUCACAACUGGCCAUCAGUGACAUUGUGUUGCCCACAGAUAUUGUCCCUAACAUGUUCUACAUGCUACUUAAUAAUGGUGGGGAAAUUACUUAUACCGGCUGUAUCACUCAGUUGUAUUUCUUCAGUGUAUCAGAGGGUUUGGAGUGUCUCCUCCUCACAGUGAUGUCUUACGACAGGUAUGUGGCCAUCUGUAACCCCCUCCAUUAUAUCUCGAUAAUGACCAAUCCAUAUUGCGUGAAGCUAGUCAUGAUAUGCUGGUUGGCUUCACUGUCCAUGACAUUGACUUAUGACACACAAGUAUCAAUGCUUCUGUUUUGUGGGCAAAAUAUUAUUGACCAUUUUUUCUGUGAUAUUCUUCCCCUAUUAGAAAUUUCCUGUUCUGACACUUCCAUUGUUCGUCAACAGAUUUACUUGCUCAGCAUUCCUUUAAUUAUCACCCCAACCAUUAUCAUUAUUAUCUCAUAUACUAAAAUAAUUUCUUCCAUCUUAAGGAUCCCAUCCACUACAGGUAGACAGAAAGCCUUCUCCACCUGUAGCUCCCACCUCAUCGUGGUCUCCAUAUUCUACUGGACUAUUUUUUGUGUUUAUAUUCUUGCAACAAAAGGAAAAUCAUCAACAAUCGGUAAAAUCCCAUCUCUACUCUAUAUUGUAUUUACUCCUAUGAUUAACCCGAUUGUAUACAGCUUAAAAAAUAAGGAUAUUAUGAAAGCCAUACGUGACACAAUAAAAAAGAUUUGGUGCUACCUGAAUGCCCAGAUUGGGCGCUUUGGUAUAAGUGAUGAGGGGAUUUGCUGGUGGGCUUCUUCUGUUCCUGAGCUUGAGUCGGAAGAAAGACGACUACUGAAUCCUUCAGUGCCGAUACGUCAUUUCCGGAGCGACGAGUGCGUCUCUGAACCCACGUGGAACGCUGAACAGAGCAACAGCCGGGACGCCGGCUCUCAGCGGAGCUCCGAUAUAUUUAAACAACCGAUCGGCACAUACGAAGAAAAGGUGGUUAAUUGUGAAGGAAUAUAA